UCCUCCUAUAUAAUCUCACCAGGCCACUUCUCAUGUCACGCUCCUCUAUCUCAGAAAAACCUGUAUGUCUCAUCUCCUUCUUCUUCUUCUUCACUAAAACCCACCAUGAUCCCAUCUGAAACCAUGGGAAUCACCUAUAUUUCUGCAGAAAACUCUCCCCCUCUCCCUCUCCCUCUCCCUCUCGACCUCACUUUCAUGCACAACACUUUCCACUUCUCCAGAUUCCUAACCAACUUACCCAACUACCACACCACACCUCUCCAACCCAUCUCGGAGCUCGCCCAAAACAAUCCCUCAUCAUGUCUCGGCAACAACUCAACCUCGGACGAAUCAUACCACAAAACCCAACUCAGGCUCAUGAACGAGCGGAGGCAGAGGCGGAUGAUUUCCAACAGAGAGUCGGCGCGGCGGUCGAGAAUGAGGAAACAGAGGCACCUCGACGAGCUGUGGUCGCAGGUUGUUCGUCUCCGGUCGGAGAAUCAUAGCCUGCUGGAUAGGCUAAACCAGGCGUCGGAGAAGCACGGCGAGGCCGUGCGGGAGAAUGCGCGCCUCAAGGAGGAGGCCGCCGAUCUCCGCCGCUUGCUCGCGGAGGCGCAGGUCGCCGGCUGGAGUUUCGAUGAUUAAUAAAUGAUUUUGCGGCUGUUUUUUGUACGUUUACCUUAGUGUUUCCGAUGACAACAAGCAUGAAUUGAGAUGGGAAUGUUCAAUAACAAACGGUUUUUUUUUUU